CCCCUCCCAUCUCUUCUUUGCAGUGCUGUCUCUCAGGUCCCUGGAUUGUACACUGCUGGAUCUAAACCUACCCAAUACAAAGGGAGGGGAACUGUUCCAAAGCUUCCAAAAAGAGCAAACUGUGUGGCUUUUUGAAAUGAGUGCUCUGGGUGCUCAGAAGAUAAAGCUCAAGUAGAAUUUCACUUCUGUAAAUAGACAUUUUUAUUUGCUGACCUGGAUUUGUCCUUUGUGAAGGGGCAGAAAAAAGGAAAUUAGCCAGGAAGCUGCCUUCUCAAAUAUGGUAUUUGGAAAUGCGUUCCAGAAGUAACAGCACGGAACAUUCUUCCAAGUCAAAACAUUCUCAAAAAAUGCCAAGUGACACUUAUACAGAAGACACCCCUGGCACCGAGAAGGUAAAAAUGAAGAGGAGAAAAACAGAAAAGGACUUUGCAGCAACAACAGACACUAUCCUGAGAAGCCCUGAUUCAGACAAGAAACAAAGAAACUAUUCCAAAAAGGGAGAAGAUCUUUCUCGCGAUGAUCUUUUAUUUCUUCUGAGCGUGCUUGAGGGAGAAUUACAAGCGCAGGAUGAAGUCAUAGGAGUUUUAAAGGCUGAAAAAAUUAACCUGGCUUUACUUGAAGCGCAAUAUGGCUUUGUUACUCCAAAAAAGGUCCUUGAAGCACUUCAGCGAGAUGCUAUACAAGCCAAGGCUACACUAUGGCAGGAGGAUAUCUAUGAAAAGCCCAUGGGAGAGCUUGACAAAGUUGCUGAGAAGCAUAAAGAAACUCACAGGCGGAUGCUGGAACAGCUCUUAAUGGUAGAAAAAUCUCACAGGCAAACCCUGUACGAUCUGGAGGAGGAGAAGAGGAAACAUGCAGAGUACAUGGAGAAAAGCGAUGAGUUUACCAAUUUACUGGAACAAGAACAAGAAAGAUUGAAAAAGCUUAUUGACCAAGACACAGCCUAUCAGGCAAAAAAAGAAAAGGAAAACAGCAAGAAAAUAAACAAACUGAAGGAGGAACUGACAAAACUCAAAACAUUUGCGUUAAUGGUCGUGGAUGAACAGCAAAGACUCACAGAACAGCUAAGCCAGCAAAGCCAAAAGAUCCAAGACUUGACCAUCACUGCGGAACAAGCUCAUGAGAAACUCUCCACUGCAGAAACAAAAGCUCAAGAAGAGGAACAGAAAGCUCUCCGGCUGGAAGCAGAACUUCAGGCUCAGUCCUGUAAGGCCUGCCAAGAUCAGGAGGUCGCCAUGGCCAAACUAACCAAUGAAGAGAGCCAGAACCGCCACCUCCGCUUAAAAUUAACAGCCCUCAGUCGGCAAAUUGAUGAACUUGAGGAGACUAAUAAGUCAUUGCGGAAGGCGGAAGAAGAACUGCAGGACCUGAGAGAGAAAAUGAACCGAGGGGAAUGCGGAAACUCUACCCUUAUGUCUGAAGUGGAAGAACUAAGGAAAAGAGUUCUGGAGAUGGAAGGGAAGGACGAAGAACUCAUAAAAAUGGAAGAACAGUGCAGGGAGCUUCACAAGAAGCUAGAAAAAGAAGCAUCCCAGAGUAAGAACUUCAAAGCAGAAGUUGAUAAACUCAACAAGAGAAUAAUGGAGCUUGAGAAACUGGAGGAUGCUUUCAGCAAGAGCAAGCAGGAAUGUUACUCUUUGAAAUGCAACCUUGAAAAAGAAAAAAUGUUAACAAAGCAGCUGUCGCAGGAACUGGAUGGCUUAAAAGCCCGUAUAGGAGAGCUUGAAAUAAUUGAAAGCAAAUUGGAAAAAACAGAGCUCACACUUAAGGAAGAUUUGACAAAACUGAAAUCAUUAACGGUCAUGCUUGUAGACGAGAGGAAAACAAUGAAUGAGAAAAUAAAACAAACAGAAGAAAAACUACAAACUGCAAAUACACAACUUCAGCUGGAACAAAAAAAAGUUAUGUCAGUCACCGAAAAACUGAUUGAAGAAAGCAAGAAGGCAUUAAAAUCCAAAACUGAUGCAGAGGAAAAAAUGUCCCAUCUCACAAGAGACAGGGAUGAGUUGAAAAACAAACUAAAAGCAGAGGAAGAGAAAGGAAGUGAUCUCUCCUCCAAAAUGAACCUGCUAAGGAAAAAGCUUCAGUCCUUAGAAGCCAUUGAAAAGGAGUUUCUUAAAAAUAAACUUAAGGAAACUACCAAGCCUAGCCCAUCUUUGCAGCAAGAAAACAACAAGAUUAAAGAACUAGCCCAGGAAAUUGAGAGGCUCAAGCACAAACUUAAAGAAAUGAAAGCCAUAGAAGAUGAUCUCAUGAAAACAGAGGACGAAUUUGAAUCUUUAGAACGUAGAUAUAUCAAUGAACAAGACAAAGCCAGAUUCCUAUCAGAGGAACUUGAUGUUGUGAAAAGAGAAUUGGCUCGGUAUAAGUUAGCAGAGAAGACGGAAUGCAACCACGAACAGAGAUUAUUCAGGAAACUCAAGGAAGAAGCAGCCAAAUCAGGACACCUUUCAAGGGAAGUAGAUGCACUGAAGGAGAAAAUUCAUGAGUACAUGGCAACAGAAGAUUUAAUAUGUCAUCUAAGGGAAGACCAUACAAUCCUGCAGAAGAAACUCACUCACCAAGAAAACAAAAACAAAGAAUUGGGAAGAGAAAUGGAAAUCCUUACUAAAGAACUAGAGAGGUAUCGGCGUUUCAGUAAGAGCCUCAGACCAAGUCUCAAUGGAAGGAGAAUUUCUGACUUGCAAGUUCUCUCUAAGGAAGUUCAAACAGAACCAGCAGACAAUGAACCACCUGAUUACAAGAGUCUAGUUCCUUUGGAACGGGCUGUCAUAAAUGGACAUUUAUAUGAAGAGAGUGACAAUGAAGAAGACGACGACAACAAUGAUGAUGAGCAAACAAUAUCCUUCAAGUACAAUGCCGCUGUUGCAAAUGCAGUAAACAAUAGUAAACUUUGGAUACCGUGGAUGAAGUCCAAAGAAAGCCACAUCCAAAAUGGAAAAGUUCUCACCAAGCAGAAUGGAAACUGCAUUCAGCCUGGAAAUUUGGUUCUAAGCCAUACACCAGGCCAGCCUCUUCAUAUAAAAGUUACUCCUGACCAUGGACAAAACACAGCUACCCUUGAAAUAACAAGCCCUACUACAGAGAGUUCCCACUCUUUUACAAGCACAGCUGUGAUACCCAACUGUGGCACACCAAAGCAAAGAAUAACCAUAAUUAAAAAUGGGUCUUUGACGCCUAUAAAAUCUAAAGUAGCUGAUGGUUAUACAAGUCCAGAGCAAGCCGUGCCACCACUUACUGUGUCUGCCUUUGCUAGAUCUCAAACACCUGAAUCAUGUGGCUCAGUAACUCCUGACAGGACAACGUCCCCUCUGGCUCUUACAAGUUCUUCAAGUUCCCCGGAGCAGGUACUUUCACCAGAGCCUCUGGAAACUGGUGACAAGCAUGCUGUCUUUAGAGUUUCCCCUGAAAGGCAGUCGUCCUGGCAGUUUCAAAGAUCUAACAGUUCUGGUUCUAGUGUGAUAACUACUGAAGAUAAUAAAAUACAUAUUCACUUAGGAAGCCCUUAUGUUCAAGCUAUUCCUAAUUCAGCAAAAAACAUUAGCCCUUGCACCACAGCGCAGGAUAGCAGAAGUCCAGCGUUAGCUAAUGGAACGCCAACUAAAGCUAUCAACAAAAUCACCAGCAGCAUCACUAUUACACCAACAGCCACUCCUCUCUCACGGCAAUCACAAAUUACAAUUGCUGAUGUCUUCCGUCAAGCGAUUCCUACCCGGAUCCCUAAACCAAAGAAUACCAGUGCAACUGUAGUACCAGUGAGGACACCUACUGGGCAGCUCAAGACCCCACUCCAGGACAGUAAAGCUGGAAAAUCACACAUCACCAAAACCAUUCCCAGCGUUGUGAUUCAAAAUUGUGGGAAAAGAUAGACUGGCCUGAUAUGUAAUAGAAUAAUGUCUAACUUUUGAGUAACGAGGAUACACCAUGCCCACUUUGUCCCCAAGACCUAUGCAAGUAAAAGGUAAUAUAAAAGCAUCAUACAUGGGCAGAAAACGUUGACACUGGAAUUGUAAAGCAUCAGGACAUGCUUAUGAAGUUUCUGUUCUCCACAAAGCAGUGUAAGGGUGCUCCAUAUUCCCGAUCUGUACCGAGUAGCACAUUAACAGAGGUUGCCUCUUAGCACAGAGUGAGAAAUGAGGUUUCCAAUUAGUUCAGAUGUUAGCUCUUGCAAGGUUACUCCACACAGCAGUGAAAUUAUGUCCAUCUACUUAUGGUCUCCCGCUGCUCGGUCCCAGCGCCUGCCAACCUAGCAGUUCAAAAGCACCCCCGGGUGCAAGUAGAUAAAUAGGGACC